AGUGUUUUUUAAGUUUGGGUAUCCUUUCCACUUUAUUAAAUACUUUUUGUUCUUCUUUUGCAGGAUUUUUUCCACUUUAAACUUAUAUUCUUCCUCUAAUUUAUACCUAAAUGCUUCUGCAUAUAAUAUAUUUUUAUCCGCUAAUUCUAGUAAGGAUAAAUAAAACACUGGGUGGAUUUAAGCGUCCUGCAGAAGGUUUAACUUAUAAUUAACCUUAUUUUUUCUUUCUUUAAUAAUAAAUAGACCAACCUUUAUUAUAUUAAGCUUUUUGCAUAAUCUUUUUAUUUUUAAAUUUUUUAUAAGUAAAUAUACUUUAUCCCCCUCUUUUAGUUAAGGUUUAUUUACUUUUUUAUUGCUUUAAACUAAGCUUUUAUUUCUUUUAUUAAUAUUCUUAGCUAUUUUAUUGU